ACAGGGUAAAUGGUACUUCCAAAAUGAUUGAAGUUUAUAUUGGUGCAAUUGUUUUUGUUGUGAUAAGCCGUUUUGUUUUUUUAGUACCCAUAUGUAUCUCUUUAUUUAACUGUGCAGGUCAAUGUACUUUUUUGUAUAGAAUACAUAUCAUUCACCAUACAAGUACUUAUUGUAUGACAGAAGGAAAAGGCAAAGAUGAACUGGAAGUUGAUAGGCAUGGGAACUAUGGCCAUCCCUUCAAUCCAUACGAGAUUCAAAAGCAACUCAUGAGCGAAAUAUAUACCACCAUAGAGAAAGGUUAUAAAGUAGGACUCUUUGAAAGUCCAACUGGAACUGGGAAAACCCUCUCCUUGAUCUGUGCUUCAAUGACAUGGUUACGGGAUUUUAAGAGAAACGACAUUUCUAUGGAAAUGAAUGAAGUAUCUGAUGGUGGUGAACAGAAAGCGGAAGAUGAAAAUGAGAGUGAUAAUGAAGAUGAUGAUGAACCCGAAUGGGUCAAGAAAGCAUAUCGAGAAUCGAAACUAAAAGAAUCGUCUAGUGCUGCUAGAGAAUUUGAAUUACAUUUAGAAGCAGUGGAGAAGUCAUAUGAAGAUCAAAUACAAAAAGUGCAUAGUAUAGAAUUGAAACACAAGAAAAUGAAACGGAACCCAAUCGCUGAGUCUGAUGAUUCCGAAUUUAUACCUGACGAUUACUACAGUGACAGUGAACUCCCCAAUAAAGAUCAUAGUGAUAUAGUUGCUUCUCAAGUUAAGAAUCUUUUAGCAAAGGUAAAUGGUCCGAAAGAAUCGGUCGAGUUGGUGAAUAAUUGUCCGGUAUCUAUAUACUACUCUUCAAGAACUCAUUCCCAACUCAGUCAGUUUGCCCAUCAAUUGCGUAUGACUUCGUUUGAGUCAACUUUUAUUAAUAUUCCUGAGAGAACAAAAUUUCUUCCACUUGCAUCGAGAAAGCAACUCUGUAUCCAUCCAAAAGUGUCCAAACUUUCCAAUGUCACCAGCAUUAACGACGCGUGCAUUGAUAUGCAAAAGAAGACGAACCUGCUGGCUGGUUGUGAAUUCAUGCCCAAAAUGAAUAAUCUGAGAUCCAUAGAACUAACCAAGGACUUUACUGAUCUUAGUCUUGCCAAGAUUCAUGAUAUAGAGGAUUUAGCCACCAUUGGGAGAGCAAUUGGUAUAUGUCCAUAUUAUUCUGUGCGGAAAGGUGUGGAACUCACAGAAAUGGUAGCGCUUCCUUACCAAAUGCUACUUCAAGAGUCAACAAGAGUUGCCCUUAACUUAAAGAUCGAUAAUGCUAUUGUAAUAAUUGACGAAGCACAUAACCUUAUGGAUGUAAUUGGCGCUAUUCAUUCUGUUUCUAUAACCGAGACUGAACUCUCAAAGAUUAUUGAGUCACUUAAGGUUUAUGUGCAAAAAUUCUCUUCCAGAUUAAACAGUGGAAAUAGAAUCAACUUGAUGAAAUUGAUAAAGCUUUGUCAGGUACUCAAAAAAUUCAUUGCUACGACUCUGGUGAAGACAAUUGUUCCUGGUAAGGAGAUCCCCAUAGAUAAAAUCUUCAAUGGUAAUACAGGAGAUAUUGUGAACGUUCAUAAGCUUGAAAAAUUCCUUUCAAAAUCCAAAAUUGCUUACAAAAUCGAGUCAUAUAUGGAUAAACUUGAAGUUGAAAAGGAUGUAAUACGACAUAGUUCAACUCCGCUUUUAUUCAAAAUUACGAGUUUCCUCAAAUCUCUUACAAAUCCUUCUAAAGAGGGUAAAUUCUUCUGGGAUAAGAAAUCUGGUACCAUCUCGGUUAAUUAUAUGUUGCUUGACCCCAGUGAGAUAUUUAGAGAUAUUGUAACUAGGGCAAAAUGUGUGAUACUAUGUGGAGGAACAAUGGAACCUAUGAGUGAUUAUAUAGAUUAUUUGUUCCCUUACAUCCCAGAAGAUAAAAUUCGAAAGUAUAGUUGUGGUCAUAUAGUUCCUGAUGAGAAUUUAAAGGUAUUCCCCAUUGCAGCUAGUAGACGAGAUAAGUCAUCUAGAUCGACAUUUGAAUUUCUGUUUGAUCAAAGAAAUAAUACAACUAUGAUUGAAAAUCUUGGGGAAACUGUUUUGGAUAUUUCUCAUACAAUUCCUGGAGGUAUAGUCGUAUUUUUCCCGUCGUAUAAAUAUUUGGAUCAAGUGUUACGAGAAUGGAAAAAUUCUAAAUCAAAUUUACUUUCUAAGAUUAACAAAAGUCAUACUGUUUUUACUGAACCUACAGAUUCUUCUAAAGUUGAACGUAUACUUUCUGAGUAUGCUCAAGAGAUUCAGGUUAAGGGGGGUGCUAUAUUAUUCUCUGUGGUCGGUGGUAAGAUGUCUGAAGGAAUCAACUUUUCUGACGAACUUGCACGGGCAGUGAUUAUGGUUGGAUUACCAUUUCCAAAUGCAUUUUCUGGGGAAUUGAUCGCUAAAAGACAAUUCAUUGAAUCUUCCACUUUAGCAAAAGGUGGUACUAAGGCCAUGGCCCUGGAAAAUGCCCGUAAUUUCUACGAGAAUAUUUGUAUGAGGGCAGUUAAUCAAAGUAUUGGUCGUAGUAUCAGGCAUAUUGGGGAUUAUUCAGUAAUUUUCUUAAUUGACCAACGUUAUGGAUCUGAACGUAUUCAAAAGAAACUCAGUGGGUGGGUGAAACAACGGAUAGAAUCCCCUGGUAAUUGUACACAUAUUGAGCAAGCUCUAGAACAAACAAAGCAAUUCUUCCGAAAUAAAUAAUCUUAGU